AUGACCUCCCCGGGCACCGACAGCCCGGGGAAGAGCCUGCAGUACCGCGUGGACCAUCUGCUGAGCGCCGUGGAGAGCGAGUUGCAGGCGGGCAGCGAGAAGGGCGACCCCACGGAGCGCGAGCUGCGCGUGGGCCUGGAGGAGAGUGAGCUGUGGCUGCGCUUCAAGGAGCUCACCAACGAGAUGAUCGUCACCAAGAACGGCAGGAGGAUGUUCCCGGUGCUGAAGGUGAACGUGUCCGGCCUGGACCCCAACGCCAUGUACUCCUUCCUGCUGGACUUCGUGGCGGCCGACAACCACCGCUGGAAGUACGUGAACGGGGAGUGGGUGCCGGGGGGCAAGCCUGAGCCGCAGGCGCCCAGCUGCGUCUACAUCCACCCCGACUCGCCCAACUUCGGGGCGCACUGGAUGAAGGCGCCCGUCUCCUUCAGCAAAGUCAAGCUCACCAACAAGCUCAAUGGAGGGGGCCAGAUCAUGUUGAACUCCUUACACAAGUAUGAGCCUCGAAUCCACAUCGUGAGAGUUGGGGGUCCACAGCGUAUGAUCACCAGCCACUGCUUCCCGGAGACCCAGUUCAUCGCAGUGACCGCUUACCAAAAUGAGGAGAUCACAGCUCUUAAAAUUAAAUACAAUCCGUUUGCAAAAGCUUUCCUCGAUGCAAAAGAAAGAAGCGAUCACAAAGAUAUGAUGGAAGAAACAGGAGACAGCCAGCAGUCUGGGUACAACCAAUCAGGGGGCUGGCUGAUCCCCGGAACCAGCACCCUCUGUCCACCCGCCACCCCCCACCCGCAGUUCGGAGGCCCCCUCUCGCUCCCCUCCCCGCACGGCUGCGAAAGGUACCCGGCCCUGAGGAGCCACCGGCCAGGCCCCUAUCCCAGCCCGUACGCGCAUCGGAACAGCUCUCCAACCUAUUCCGACAGUUCAUCCGCGUGUCUGUCCAUGCUCCAGCCCCAUGACAACUGGUCCAGCCUUGGAAUGCCUGCCCACACCAGCAUGCUGCCCAUGGGUCCGAACACCGGUCCUCCUGCGGGCUCCAGCCAGUACCCCAGCCUGUGGUCCGUGAGCAGUGGCAGCGUUGCCCCGGGCGCCCAGGCGGCGGGCGUGCCCGGCGGGCUGGGAGCCCAGUUCUUUCGAGGCUCCUCCGCCCACUCUGCCCCCCUCGCCCACCCGGCCUCGGCGUCCUCCUCGUCGGGGUCCCCGCUGUACGAGGGGGCCGCCAUGGCCACAGAUGUUGCCGACAGCCAGUACGACGCCUCGGCCCAGGCCCGCCUCCUGGCCUCGUGGACGGCCGUGUCGCCCCCGUCCAUGUGA